AUGGAUUGGUUUCUGCCUCAUUUCCCUUAUCCGCCUGCAAAGGAUGGGUAUUGGGAGCCUGUCACUUCCACCUUGAACUGGUGCGAAGAGGACUACUAUGCCACCGAAUACUCCGCUGAAAUCGUCAACACCCUCACAAAUCUGAUGUUCAUGUGGCUUGGGCUAAGGGGCAUCCUCAGCUGCAUUCGCAAUCAACAUGACCAGAUCUUCAUCGUCGCCCUGCUAGGCUACCUAGUAGUCGGAACAGGAAGCUUCCUCUUCCACUCAACAUUGAAAUGCAAGUCCCACCUCCAACCCAUACCAAGUCAAAUCGCGACAACCACAAGGCAGAGCAUACAUCACAAGGACCAAGCUAACCAACCCCCACCAGACCCUAUGCAACUAGUCGACGAGCUCUCCAUGAUAUACACAACCUGUCUAAUGGUCUACGCUUCAUUCUCCUACUCGCGCUCAGUGACCCUCCGAAUCUGGCUCGCCCUAUCUCUAACUGGCCUAGCCGUCUUCAUCACUCUAUACUACCACUACCUCCAAGACCCAGUCUUCCAUCAGAACGCCUAUGCCCUAUUAACAGUCAUCGUGGUGUUCCGGAGUAUGCACACCAUGGAAGUAACUCUGCGACCAAAGUGGCGCCACUCAACCGAGGAAGACCGCCUAGAGCGCCAGAGGAAGGGUCUCCCUGUGCCAACCAAGGAGCGCCAGCACUACGAGAACGUGCGCGAUCAGAAGACCCUCAAUACCAUGUGGUUCAUGGUUACUUAUGGAUUGAUCAUGUUCCUGGGCGGGUUCUUUAUUUGGAAUUUGGAUAAUGUGUUCUGCUCUCAGAUUCGGCAGCUGCGUCGCAAGGUUGGCUUGCCUUGGGGUCUUGUUUUGGAAGGUCAUGGUUGGUGGCACGUCAUGACUGGACUUGGCGCAUACCUCUAUAUCAUCUGGGGCAUCUGGCUCCGUCACUGCCUCAAUAACCGCCAGGACGAGUACCACCUGCGCUGGGCGCGCUUCUGGCAUAUCCCCGAAGUGGUCCGCACCGCUGACAAUGUCACCCAAGACAAAAAGUCAACCUGA